AUGUCAGACUACGAGAACGAAGACCAGUGCUGGAAUGCUCUGGAGAGCUUCCGUGUGAAGCUCAUCUCCGUCAUCGACCCCUCGCGCAUCACACCCUACCUGAGGCAGUGCAAGGUGCUGAACCCCGACGACGAGGAGCAGGUGCUCAGUGACCCCAACCUAGUCAUCCGCAAGCGGAAAGUGGGCAUGCUCCUGGACAUCCUGCAGCGGACCGGCCACAAGGGCUACGUGGCCUUCCUUGAGAGCCUGGAGCUGUACUACCCACAGCUCUACAAGAAGGUCACGGGCAAGGAGCCCACCCGUGUCUUCUCCAUGAUCAUCGACGCAUCCGGGGAGUCGGGCCUGACACAGCUGCUGAUGAGCGAGGUGCUGAAGCUGCAGAGGAAAGUGCAGGACCUGACCCAGCUGCUGAGCUCCAAGGACGACCUCAUCAAGGAGCUGCGGGUGAAGGACAGCCUGCUCCGCAAGCACCAGGAGCGCGUGCAGCGGCUCAAGGAGGAAUGUGAGGCGGGCAGCCGUGAGCUCAAGCGUUGCAAGGAUGAAAACUAUGACCUGGCCAUGCGCCUGGCCCGCCAGAGCGAGGAGAAGGGCGCCGCGCUCAUGCGCAGCCGCGACUUGCAGCUGGAGAUUGAGCGGCUAAAGCACAGCCUCAUGAAGGCGGAGGAUGACUGCAGGGUGGAGCGCAAGCACACGCUGAAGCUCAGGCACGCCAUGGAGCAGCGGCCCAGCCAGGAGCUGAUGUGGGAACUGCAGCAGGAGAAGACACUGCUGCAGUCGCGCGUGCGGGAGCUGGAGGCCACCGUGCAGGAGGGGAAGCCAGACAAGAGCAGUCCCUAUAUCCAGGUGCUGGAGGAGGACUGGCGACAGGCACUGCGGGACCACCAAGAGCAAGCCAACACCAUCCUCUCUCUGCGCAAGGACCUGCGGCAGGGCGAGGCUCUGCGUGCCCGGUGCGUGGAGGAGAAAGAGAUGUUCGAGCUGCAGUGCCUGGCCCUACGGAAGGACUCCAAGAUGUACAAGGACCGCAUCGAGGCCAUCCUGCAGCAGAUGGAGGAGGUGGCCAUCGAGAGGGACCAGGCCAUCACCACGCGGGAGGAACUGCACGCACAGCACUCGCGGAGCCUGCAGGAGAAGGACGCGCUGCGGAAGCAGGUCCGGGAGCUGGCCGAGAAGGCAGACGAGCUACAACUCCAGCUCUUCCAGUGUGAGGGCCAGCUGCUGGCCGUGGAGGGCAGGCUCAAGCGGCAGCAGCUGGACACGCUCAUCCUGAGCUCUGACCUGGAGGACAGCUCACCCAGGAACUCCCAGGAGCUCUCACUCCCCCUGGACCUGGAGGCCGUCCAGCUCUCAGACAAAGGCAGCCCGGCCAACAGGAACAGCCCGCAGCAGCCCUUUGUGGCUCUGCAGGAGGAGCAGCUUCCACUGACUUCCAACGACGCAGGCCUGAGCGGCGGGGAGCCCCCGGAGAAGGAGCGGCGGCGCCUCAAGGAGAGCUUCGAGAACUACCGCAGGAAGCGCGCCCUCAGGAAGAUGCAGCACGGCUCGAGGCAGGGGGAGGUGGACUGGGACAACACCACGGGCAGCGACAACACCGACACCGAGGGCUCCUAG